AUGAAAAAUAACUUCAUUGAUGAAAAGCUAAAAGUAAAUUCUGUACUUGUUUCAGAACAAAUAUCUUCUGUAAACAGCAAAGUGAAUGAAGUAACAAAUAAUCUUCAAACAGUUGGUUGGUUGAAUGGAGGGUCGUCACAACACCACCAGAACAACAACAACAACAACAACAACAACAACAACAAUGGUAGUAGAAGUAAUAAUAAUUUUGGUAACAACCAGAAUAAUAAUAGAAAUGAGCAGAGCAGAGCAGAAAUGGUAACAUAUCCCAUGAAAAUAACAAUCAGGAAAACAGACUUCAUGAUGAUGGAAAUAAGUGAAGAUACUAGUAAAGCAGAAAAUAAUUUUAAUCUUAGUACAGAUGAUUUGGCUAACUUAUUUGAUGAGAGUUGUGUGUUUAUAUUGUCUGAAAAAGAUGUGACAGAAAGUAAGGAUCAUAUACCUAAGUUAAAUUAUGUUUAUGUGCUCGCUGGUACAAGUUCUAGUACUUCUGAUAGUGAUUGUGAUGUGAGGACGUGUGUAGUUGAAGUCAAGGUUCAUGUAGGUGCAGAUAAUGUUGCUAAUGAGUAUUUUUAUGCUGUUGAUGCUGAUGCUGAUGUUGUAUUUUAUGAUGAAUUAGAUGAUAUGGUUUAUGUGGAAGUACCAGACAAUGAUAUGAAUAAUAGAAUGAUAGGAUAUGAUUAUUUGGAAUCGGAGAAACGGGUACAUGAAUAUCAGUUGAUACCCAUUGAGGUCAGUAAGAUAUUACAUAGUUGUUACAGUAAGGAGGAUGAAGAUAAGCUAAUUAGUGAUAAGAUACUGAAACUAUUGGAAGAGAAUGAGAAAUCUGUAGCAAAAGGUGAUUAUUGUGGUAGUAUUAAAUUCAAAAACAAUAGUUGUAAGCUACCUUUAAGUACUUUACAACCUAAGUUAGGAAAUGAGGAUCAAAUAAAUGCAUAUUUAAAUUUUAGGGAUAUUGAAGAUGAUUUAUUGGCUGAAGAGGAUGGAAGAGCCUCUGGGAAACUUAGUAAAUUAAUCAGCAGGCAAGCAUUAAUUUCAUUUAAUGUCAGUGAUGCUGUAUUUGAGCAAGUGUGUUUGGUAACAACUGACCUGAAUGAGCACAUGGUGUUAGGGAUGAAUUGGAUACUGAAAGUUAAUGCUAGGUUUGAUUGGUCAAAUACGAAGUGA